AAAAGGACUCUCCGUAUAUCUAGCUUUCUCCUGUGUGAGCACUACACUUUAACAAGGAUAUUUCUGGACAUAGUAGGAAGCAUGGACUGUGGUGGGGAGAGAUUGGGGAUUAGUAUACCAGUUAAGAGGCUUUUAAAGUAGUCUAGGCAAGAGAAUAUUAGAAACUCUAAACCAGACAGUGAAAUUUUUAGAGUGGAAUUGUGAUGAAGAUUACUUUGAGACUUUUAUGAAGUAGAAUGAAAAGAUUUGAAGAAGAAUUAGAUGUCUGGAGGUUAGGGAGAAGAAAAAAAUUGGAUGAUUCUGAGAUUAUAAGCAUCAGAGAAUGGGUAGUUGGUGAUGUCAUAAUAUAAAUGAGAGGUAGAAUAUGUAGUCACGGUAGGCUUGGUUAGAGUCAGUGAGUAGUUUUGAAAAUGGUAAAUUAAAGGCACCAUCUUUGGGACUCCCUGGGGAAAAACGUAAAGAAGGCAGUUGAAGAAAGCAGCAAUGCAGCAAGUCUUGGAAAACCUUACGGAGCUGCCCUCGUCUACUGGAGCAGAAGAAAUAGACCUAAUUUUCCUCAAGGGAAUUAUGGAGAAUCCUAUUGUAAAAUCACUUGCUAAGGCUCAUGAGAGGCUAGAAGAUUCCAAACUAGAAGCUGUCAGUGACAAUAACUUGGAAUUAGUCAAUGAAAUUCUUGAAGACAUCACUCCUCUAAUAAAUGUGGAUGAAAAUGUGGCAGAACUGGUUGGUAUACUCAAAGAACCUCACUUCCAGUCACUGUUGGAGGCCCAUGAUAUUGUGGCAUCAAAGUGUUAUGAUUCACCUCCGUCAAGCCCAGAAAUGAAUAAUUCUUCUAUCAACAAUCAGUUAUUACCAGUAGAUGCCAUUCGUAUUCUUGGUAUUCACAAAAGAGCUGGGGAACCAUUGGGUGUGACAUUUAGGGUUGAAAAUAAUGAUCUGGUAAUUGCCCGAAUCCUUCAUGGGGGAAUGAUAGAUCGACAAGGUCUACUUCAUGUGGGAGAUAUAAUUAAAGAAGUCAAUGGCCAUGAGGUUGGAAAUAAUCCAAAGGAAUUACAAGAAUUACUGAAAAAUAUUAGUGGAAGUGUCACCCUAAAAAUCUUACCAAGUUAUAGAGAUACCAUUACUCCUCAACAGGUAUUUGUGAAGUGUCAUUUUGAUUAUAAUCCAUACAAUGACAACCUAAUACCUUGCAAAGAAGCAGGAUUGAAGUUUUCCAAAGGAGAAAUUCUUCAGAUUGUAAAUAGAGAAGAUCCAAAUUGGUGGCAGGCUAGCCAUGUAAAAGAGGGAGGAAGCGCUGGUCUCAUUCCAAGCCAGUUCCUGGAAGAGAAGAGAAAGGCAUUUGUUAGAAGAGACUGGGACAAUUCAGGACCUUUUUGUGGAACUAUAAGUAGCAAAAAAAAGAAAAAGAUGAUGUAUCUCACAACCAGAAAUGCAGAAUUUGAUCGUCAUGAAAUCCAGAUAUAUGAGGAGGUAGCCAAAAUGCCUCCCUUCCAGAGAAAGACAUUAGUAUUGAUAGGAGCUCAAGGUGUAGGCCGAAGAAGCUUGAAAAACAGGUUCAUAGUAUUGAAUCCCACUAGAUUUGGAACUACGGUGCCAUUUACUUCACGGAAACCAAGGGAAGAUGAAAAAGAUGGCCAGGCGUAUAAGUUUGUGUCACGAUCUGAGAUGGAAGCAGAUAUUAAAGCUGGAAAGUAUUUGGAACAUGGGGAAUAUGAAGGAAAUCUCUAUGGAACCAAAAUUGAUUCUAUUCUUGAGGUUGUCCAAACUGGACGGACUUGCAUUCUGGAUGUCAACCCACAGGCACUGAAAGUAUUGAGGACAUCAGAGUUUAUGCCCUAUGUGGUAUUUAUUGCGGCUCCGGAGCUAGAGACGUUACGUGCCAUGCACAAGGCUGUGGUGGAUGCAGGAAUCACUACCAAGCUUCUGACCGACUCUGACUUGAAGAAAACAGUGGAUGAAAGCGCACGGAUUCAGAGAGCAUACAACCACUAUUUUGAUUUGAUCAUCAUAAAUGACAAUCUAGACAAAGCCUUUGAAAAACUACAAACUGCCAUAGAGAAACUGAGAAUGGAACCACAGUGGGUCCCAAUCAGCUGGGUUUACUGAUGAUUCAGUAAGGUUAACAAUGAAAAUUAAACUUUUAAAAAGUGACUGCAACAAAUAAACCUUCUACUGAGAAAAUACAUCACAGAUAGAAGAUUAUCUGCCAAGUCCAGGCAUUUUUAUGGUGUAGAUUGAAAUAAUAGUACACUUCUGAAUUUUUAUAUAAAAUGUGGUUGGAAGGUGUACUAAUAUAUAAUUUAUCUUAAUUUUUCUAACUUUGUAUGGAUAAUCUUUCUAUUCAUAUCACAUAAAGAAAUGCGUUGAAGCAUUUUGUAUAUGUUUUGAUUUAGUACCCUUGCUUUUUUCAUCAAAGGAAUUUUCAAAUCAUUCACUCUAACAUUGGUCUCAUAUUUUCACUGUGAUAAUGAAUAUUACUUGAAAUAGUUUUGUAAAGCUGUCAUUUAGUUCAGUAUUCAACUAGUGAAGGGUUAGUCUUAAUAGAAGAAAAUAUAGUUAUUGACCUUCCUUCUUAUAAAUUUCUUACAAAAGCAGAAUUUUAAGUCAGUGUUAUAGCUAGUCUACUACCAUCUAAAUCUGACAUCAAAAGUCUGAUCAGUUUACAUAUUUUCAUUAUUUCGGAGAUGUAUGGCUAUCCAUUCUAAUUUAUACAGCUAUAUUAGUUUUGUCUCUUCAUUUCUAUCUUUACUGAAAAAUUGAAGAGCAAUACCUUGCACUCUCUUUUGAGGUUAUUCUUUUUAUUUGUUGCAGUGAUAUGAUGCUAACUAAUUUAAUAUGUACACAGUAAGCUCUGGGGCUGGAAGCAAGGUCAUGCAGACUGAGAGAGUGCCUUAUCCUGUAAAACCUUACAGCAAAAUGACACUUGAAGAAAGUUUAUUUUCACAUGUAAAAUUUUAACUGACAAAAGGAACCUACUACUUUAAACAAUGUUUUUAUUAGAACAUGGUCAGCAAAUGUAUCAUGCCUCUGCAGAUUUUAGUGAUGUUUAGAGAUGCCUCUAAGUUUGCAGUUGGAGGUUUUUGUGAAUAAUCAACGUGCUUUUAGAAAUGUGAUGUGAUCCUUAGGGUACCUGUUUUGUCUGUUGUGUUGAGAACCAAAUCCAUUGAACAACUUAAAAAAUUGGGAAAUAAUUGUCAGCUAUUUUGUAUACAUACACACAAAAUAUAUACAUUAUAUAAUAUGUAUAUUAUGUAUUAUAUAAUAUAUAUUAAAUGUUUUGUAUAUUUUUUACAUAUCUGUUAAAAAAUGUACUUUGUUUUUUUGUUUGUUUGUUUUGAGAUGGAGUCUCUCUCUGUCACCCAUGCUGGAGUACAGUGGCGCAAUCUCAGCCCGCUGCAACCUCUGCCUCCUGGGUUCAUGCGAUUCUCGUGCCUCAGCCUCCCAAGUAGCUGAGAUUACAGUUGUGUGCCACCAUGUCCGGCUAAUUUUUUUAUUUUUAGUACAGAUGGGGUUUCACCAUGUUGGCCAGGGUGGUCUCGAACUCCUGACCUCAAGUGAUCCACCCACCUUGGCCUCCCAAAGUGCUGAGAUUACAAGCAUGAGCCACUGCACCUAGCCAAGAAGUGUACUUUUUGUUUAAUGAUUACCGAAAGAAGUUCUCCUUUAGAAACAUUGACUUAUACAAAUUCCCACAUUCACCUCAGUUAAUAUCUUCCUUUAGGAUUCUUGGAUAAUAGAAAUUCUUCCUAAAACACACUCAGAGAUGCAGCUCAUUAUUAAAUUAAGGUAACCACAUUCUGUAUUGUUGCUAGCUUUUCAUGUAAACAUUAUUCACACUUUAAAGGAUUAGGUGUUUAAAUAUUGAUGGUCAUCUUUGUCUGGUGUUAGGUGCCAGACACCUGGCUGCUGAAUUUGUUUUUUCCCUCACCAGAGCUGUCAUUUGGAACGCCAGCUGGGAGGACUUUGAGGGAAAAGAAAAUAUAUGACAAUAGGCAGUAUUGACACAUUGUUUAAAAUCUUUUUCACAAUAAAACAAAACACCCAAGUUGUCAUAUUGUUAAAGUUGGAAAUCUGUAGGUUUUUCUUUUUUUUUUCUUUCUUUUUUUGAUUCUAGAUUUCAUGGCCAGAACACAAAUUCACGUUUCUUGUCCCAGGACAGGGAAUUGGUGACAAAAUGGAUUAUACUAUUUUAAUAACAAUGGAAACUUUCAAACUACGUGUAUUUACACCAAAUUCUUGGCUUCUCAAAGCAACAUGAAUUAAAGCACAGUAUCAAGGUGAUGCCCUAUGACUUAACGUUUCAACACACACUUAAAAUUUUAAGAGAAAUUUCAGUUCUUCACUCAGGAAAUGUGCUGUAUUCUCUAAUGUACUUUCAUGCUGCAGCAUGGAGCCUCUUUAAACAGCUUUGGGAUAAUUAUAGCAGCACAAGAAGUUUAUCUGCAAAAUAUUUCAAUCAUCUUGGUACAGUAGAUGACUUUUACAUCAUGUAUAUUAGCCUUAUGUGAUAUAAAAUGUAUUACUUAGAAAAUGUACUUAAAGGAAUUAUUUCUAUUAUAAAUGGUAUUCAUGAUUGACUACUUAAUUAAUGCACAUUAGAUUUCUCCUAAUAUAAAAUGAAAUGAUGCAGUUUAGUUCAUUUCAGUCUAGAUGCCCGUGCUAACAAGAAUACAGUUAGAUAAGUUCAUUGUAUCUCAAUGAAGAAUCAUUGAACCUGAAACCCAAGUCCCAAAUGAAUCUGCAGGAAUGAGCAGUGCUCUGCGGGGGCAAAAAGCCCCAGAGGUCCCAGGGUUCUUCCUAGGUAAUGAGAGUAUAGCUGUGAUCAAGGAAAUGUGAACUUCUCUUUUGGGAAGAUCUGCGAUAAUUAGCUUUAUGGAAGAGAAAAUGGUUUAGAGUGGUGUUGAGCAAUUGUUAAGAGUUGAAAUAGAUACACACAUGCAUGUGCUUUUGGGAAACAUGAUGUGCCAACGUAUUAAUGUGCCUGAGGGCUCCUUGUGGAUAGGUCAGUGUCCACAUUUCAGCACUCAGGGCAUGACUGUACACAACCUAAGACUAUAUAUAUAUUUUUUCAUUUUCAAAUGUACAAAUACCCAUAGAGGUGAUGUGCCUGGAUAAGUCAUUUAACCAUAACUUAGUGAAAUAAAUGUGAUGGCCCUACAAAGUAGAAUUUUCACUUUCAUUACAGCCAUGCCUUUAUUAUGCAGUCUCUAUUUCUGUGUGAUAUUUGGUAAUAUCACAUGUCAAAUACAUCAGGACUUUGUUUAUUUUGGCUAACUCUAACUAUAUAAUUGCUGAACAUAGCUUUCUGAAAUAGAAAUUAUAAGAGAAACCCAGUAUGCCUACAGCAUUAGUAGCCUAAAUCCUAGAUUCUAGAAUCCAGUAAAUUUACAGUAGUUUUUAAGAAGUUUCCUUUAAAGCAACAAAUAGAUUAUUAAGGCAAAUUUAGAUAGUAACCCAAGUUAGCAAUAAAACCGUGUGACAUUAUAGAUUAUGUCCAGAUACUAACUGCUUUGACCAUAAUAUCCCAAUGACAAUAAAAAAUGAUCCUUGGUUUAAAAAUUAUUAAAUAGUACUUAUUUUUAUGUAUAACAAGUGUCAUGAUCCCAGUGACUGGAGUUGAUUUUCAAGGUGGAUAGCCAUAGAGUAAGGCAAAAUUAUUUUGAAUUGGCAAACUAAAGAUAACAAUUUUGAAAAUUGCUCAAAAUAAUAAUCUACUUAAAUUUUACUUUUGUAACUUCUGAAACAGUACUCCAUUAUCCAGAAAUCACAGGCUAGAGAGCCAAUAAUUUUGUAGCAAUGAACCUUAACUAAACAUGAAAAAGGCAAUCCUGAAGUUUUAUGUACAUAGAUAGCAGUUCAUUUUUUACAUGUUUGAGUUGCCAUAUAUUAUAUGUGUGUGUGUGUGUGUGUGUGUGUGUGUGUAUAUAUAUAUAUAUAUACAGCUAUGUGUAUAUGUAAAAUUCUCCCAAAAUGUAUGAAUAUAAAACUGAAUGUAUUAAUUCAUGUAAUUAUAACUAGCAUUCUAAAAUUUUUAAUUACUCCCAUUUCUUUGACAUUCUGAAACUUUUUUUAGAUUUUUUAAAAGGCUCUGGUUCCACUUUGAAGCUGAUAAUCUUUCUGAAAAAUAUAUGAGAAACUCAGAAAGUAGUCAUUAUUAUAAUAAAUUUAAUUUUCUUAGGGAAAAAGGGCAGGGUUCUGGAUGGAAACCCCUUUGGAAAUUCUUAUUUAAACUUUUGAAUGAAUCUUUAAUACGAUUCAGGCUGAGAUUAUGAUACCUGCCCUUGUCUUAUUUCAAGAGGUUUGCUGUGAGAAUUCAUGUAAUAACAUCUGUAAUGUAUUUGGAAUUUUUGGGAGAAGUUCAUUCUUUUAAAUAAUGGGAUUAUUGUAUAUAGUACAAAUGAAUACUCACAAAAUUUAAGGAUACAUUUGACUAAUAAUUGAGAAUCUUGUCAGUUUUUAUGCAAGCAUAUAUUGUAUACCUGAGGAAGAUGACAGUUCUAUAAUUUUUUUAAGGUAAGGUUAUUUUUAAAUUGCAUUUUUGUUCUAACGUUUUGCAAUCUAUAUUCUUUUUAAAAUAUUUCCCAUAAUUCAUCAUGCUACCUUCUGUGUUCUUGGAAUGGUUUUUGAAAAAUGCACAGAUUCGAACGUGAGUCCUUAAUAUACUAAACAGUGAAAGAAUGAUGAUAUCUCAUUUCUAAAGUAAGCAUGGUUCACACCACUUUGGCAAUACACUGCAGUACUUUUUAAAAAAUAUUCUCAAGUGAUAAAAGUAAAGACAGGGUACUGGCCAAGAUCCUAAUUCGGACUUCUGACUGUGUGAUCUUCGAUGAAAUUUAUAUUUCCCUUUAUCAUUACUAUUCUACUUGUUAAGUAAGGCUAAGUUAAUAUUUGUCUUCGCCUUAAAUUCUAAUUUGUAAUUUGUAACUCUGAUGUGGUAACUGUGAUAUGCUGAACUGAAAAAUCCUUAUUAGGCUACUUUAUCUGUUCUCUUUUAGUUAUUUUAAAGUGUACCUCUUUCUGAAGUAAUGUAGUGAAUGGUGAAUACUUUUCAGGAAUUCUUCCAGUUUUAAAAUAGCCCCAAAGAUAAAGUUUCAGCUGGUGGAAGGUCUGUUCUGCUCUCUUAGUCCUAAUCAGAAAGUCCCUUUUAGCUUAUAAUCCCAUACUAAAUCCAAACCCUUAGCAAAUCCUUGCUGCCAACCAGACCACUCACAAAUCAAACAAAAUGUAAGCAAGCAAUCCAGUACUCGGUUACACCAGAAGACUCUGAUAUCACUUUGCCCCCGAAAACUGUCCUACUUUAUCCUUAUACCUGAAAUCACUGCAUACCUGAAAUCACUGAAGCCCUAUUGUUUUACCCAUACCAUUAAUUUAAAAAGGCAUCUAUUUCUUUAUAGAAAGAAACAUUCACAGUGAGGUCUUAGUUUGUGAACCUCAAAAUCCAGAUAUUAAUCCACUUUAGUUAUUACUUUGUAAUUGCUUCUCAGUCAUUGGCUGAUAAUGCAAUGGUGUGAUAAAUUUGACUUAUCUCCACAUACAAAAGUCGAUCAGAAGGGAUAGUUCUCUUCCUUUUCUUCCCCUCCUACUGGCUGUUACUGUUUUCUAAUCUGCAGUGUAAAUGGAAUGAACACAUCUAUAGUUAAGGUAAAUGCCACUAAUCAGAAGAUUGAGUGAUUUACUGCUUGUAAAGCAAUUGUCUUUGAAUCUUAUGAAAUAGGUGGUGUUGCUACCACAGAAGCCAAAAAGGUCUUAAAAUUGGAAAUAGAUGUCUUUAUUGUACUUCAGCCAACAGCAAGCCAGGAGAAGGAACAUACAUAAAUAUGACAGGUCAUAUAUGAAAUUUGGCUCUCCUCCUAUCAAAGUAGCCUAGGAGCUUGGAGGAAGCCUAAUUAACUAAAACAGGAAAAAAGUAUACUCAUCUGAUGUAAAAACUCAUCAGCUGUAAAUUACCAACAUUAAACCAGAAGUCAUUACCAGUUAAAAUGUGUGGUUUUCAUCUUAUUCUUAAAUAGGAGAGGUGGACAGUAGUGUAAGUAACAUUGCUUUAAAGACAUAAAGCUUGUCCUGGUAAACAUGGUCCAAAUGAGAAAUGCCUCCAUCUUUUCAGGUAGAACCAGAUUUCAGGCAUAGCUUAGCUACAUCUGUAUUUGAAAUACAAUAAAAAUAUUUCUUAUGUCUCUGUAUUCUCUUUUAAAAAGAACUGCUGACUGGCUCCUGUCUCUUCAGUAACACUAUUUUUUUUUUAAAGAAGUGAUAUGUUGGAUUCUGUUGUAGAAGAAUGAGCACUAGUAUUCAGCAACAAGUGCAAUUUCUCCAUGUUAUGUUGAGCUCUGUUGGAGCCUAUGGUGAGUAUUUGAUGUGAAAACCUUGCUGUGGGAAUUUUUUAUUCUUCCUUUUCCCCCCACGCCAGUUCGUUUUGGUAAAUCUUUUAUUUGAACACAAGACGCAUGCUUUUUUAAACCUCUAGUUUUUGAAGUAACUGUAGAAGAGAAUCUUUAAAAAAAAAAAAAAUAGAGGGCAGAAUGCUUGUUAGCAAUCUGAAAAUCAAAGCUGAACAAGCUGCUUAAAGUUUCUGAUUAAGAAGUUUAAAAAGAAAAAUUAAUUGCUACUGCUUUCCAGGUAAUUGUGUUAUUAGUUUCUGUAUAAAAGAAACAUUAUUGCUGUUGUAUAAAUAAAAUUUUCCUGUAGUACAA